AUGAAGGAAGCCUUGACCAUUGCUUAUCGACAGCACCCCGUUUCGUCGAGUAGCAUCAGCCCGAGAGUCCCAACGAGCAGCCGCACGAUGCGGAGCAGCAGCGGCAGCCCUUUCGGGCCCAUGCGACCGGAGACCUCAAAACAACGGCAAAGUGACUUCCUUUUCAGUGAACAGCCCCGGUUCGUGAGUUUUCGGCCGAGAACUCUCUCCGACUACUCUGAACAGCAGUCGAGAGUCUUUAGCGAGCAGGAGCCAGGUGUUGUAAAGGUCGAGGUAGUUGUCGGGAUAAACCGAAGUUCGGUGUUGGGUCACAACGGUCGGGUGUUACCAAGACUGCUGCCGCGAGCUCGCAGGCGCGCCCGUACACAGGCGGGACGCGCGCUUGCGGUGUACAUCGCGUGCCGCGAGGCCCGCAUGCCAGCAACAUGUGCGACCCCGUGUAGCCAACAGCCCGUCCGUACCUAG